AUGAGGCCUUGCAGCUUUUUCCUUACUUUUACCCUUGCCCUUUCGGCUUACGCCCACACCGGUAAUUUACAAAACCACCAGGCUUUAACCGUUCCAUCCAUUACCGGUGGCAACGGUAAUACACUCAACACAAACAAUCUUGCGAAACACGGAAUUGGCCAGCGUCUUAACAAGAAACCCGGUUUUGCUGGCCACGGCUCUAAAAACCGUAAGGUUCACCGUGUGUGCCGCGGACGGGGCGGCAAAUCAAUCAAACGCGGGACUGGCCAACGCGGGACUGGCCAACGCAAAACCCCUGGUGCAGCUUUUGCUGGCAGCCACGGCCAUUUAAACCGUGCCGCCCACCGUGCCUGCCACCGACGGGGUGGUAAACUAGUUCCGCAUGGGACUGGCCGCCGACAGGGCGGCAAACUAGUUGCGCGUGCCGAUUCCGAUGAUGAGGACGCCAUGUCUUGUGUAACUGAUGCAGACUUUACCGGCUAUUAUUCGGAUUUUACUGACUUUGAAGAUGGAGUGUGGAAUGAUCCUGGGACUGAUGUCGAAUCUUGUAUAGAUUCUGAUAAUUACCAGGAGUCUGAUUAUGGCGAGGAUUUCAAUUAUGACCAGGAUUCUGAUGACGAAUGGUGA